AUGGAAACGUUUUCCAGCCAGGAGGAGACGGCAGCGGUGUUCGGGCAGGGAGGGAGGGAGGCUGCAGCCGGGCUGCGCGCUGAUCCAUCCCCGCAUUCCCACGCGGGUGGCAGCGAGCGGAUCCUCCGGGAUAACCCCCACCACCACCCCUCGGAUAGGGGUGGUCCAGGGGGACCGAACCCCGCUCCGGGCGAGCGCCCGAAGUUGCACGGCGCACGCACACACCCCCCCCCCACCACCACCAAAAGCAGCGGGAGGCACGCAGGAAGUUUUUCCUGCGGGCGGCGAGCGCAGGCGCAGGGCAGCGAUGGAUGCGAUGCCCGGAGCUCCCCUCGCGCUUACCUCCCUCCGCGGGGGCGCAGGCGGCCCUGGGCCGGCGUCCUCAGGCGGCGGGAGGAGGAGGAGGAGGAGGAUGCGCGGCGGGAGGAGGCGGCUGGUGCAUCGCCGCCGCUAACGCCGAGCGCCGCGCUGCGGGGCGGAGAGGGGGGCGCAGCGCCGGGGCUGCCGCCCAGCCCGCACCAUGCCGCCCGUCUGCCCGCUUUCCCCUCACCUACUGCCCGCUUUAGCCGGAGAGGGAGGCGGCUUGGGAGCCGGGCCGAGGGGCGGGACGGGCCAAUCAGCGGGAGGCGGCGGAGCACAGCCCGCUCCGCCCCGCACACCGCCCCCGCGGGAGCCGAGCUCCCCCCGCGGCGGGGAUGCGCCCCGCAGACCCCGGGAGCUGCUCGGGGCGCCCCGCAUCCCCCCGAGCGGUCCCCAGGGGCGCAGACCCCGGGCGCCCCGCAUCCCCCGAGCGGUCUCCAAGGGCGCAUUCCCCGAGCGCUCCGCAUCCCCCGAGGGCUCCAUAUCCCCCCAGUGUCCCCAAGGGCGCAGACCCCGAGCACCCCGCAUCCCCCGAGAGCUGCUCUGUGCGACCCACAGCCCCCGAGCGGUCCCCAAGGGCGCAUCCCCCGAGCAUCCUUCAAUCCCCCCAGCGCCCCGCAGCCCCCGAGCGCUCCUCUGUGCUCCCUGUAUCCCUCGAGCGCUCCCCAAGGACGCAGACCCCGAGUGCCCCGCAUCCCCCAAGAGCCCCGCAUCCCCCCAGCGCUCCCCGAGGACGCAGACCCCAAGCGCCCCGCAUCUCCCGAGUGUCCUGCAUCCCCCAAUAGCCCCGCAUCCACGGAGUGCCCCGCAUCCUCCAAGUGUCCUGCAUCCCCUGAGAGCCCCGCAUCCCCCAAGCGCUGCUCUCUGUACCCCGCAUCCCCCGAGUAG